GUCAUUCAACCUUUAUUUUUAAUUGAUUUAACUUCCGAUAAACAAAUUACAAGCGUAUCGAAAAGAUUAGCUCACUUGUUUAAAACCCGAGACAACAGGCUAAACGCGUUUCAGUAAACAUAACGUGACUCGGAGCAAAAAUGUAAUCAGAAUGUUGAAGGACUUUCAUACAUACACAUCUCUAACCGGAAACAUCUUUCUUUUUCUCGAAUAAAUUCAAUUCACUUUCUUCAUUUCAUAAUUAAGGACUACCUAAAAAUGUUUUGUACUGACGAUGAAACUUUUAAAGUCAAUUGUUUCAUUAAAAAAGAGCGAGAGAAGGACAGACAAUACGGAGAGAUCCCUGUGGAGCCAAUAAGCAGCUGCAGGGAUGAGAAUGGCUACGUGCCAACAGUUGGACGCUGGGGCAGUGAAUGGCCAAGUUGACUCACGACGACGGAAAUUUGCUGUCAGCCGUCUGGACAGGCUCGCGGGCCCUGGAUCAGGAAUGUGCCUCUACCUUUGCCGGUUUGGGCACACUACGAGUCUCCAACCUUGAAUGUUCCAACCAUUGAACAAUAUGAGGAACUAGCGGGAUGCGUUGAACUCGAAACGCAGCGCUUAUUGCGCGAAAAUCGAUACGAUACCGUCGAUAAUUUUCUGAGGUUCUACAAAUUUUUCAAAGAGAGCGAUGAAACUCUAAUGGACCGCUUCUACCGAAAAUAUCAACCAGUCAUUACUCCCCAACAUCACACUUGCGUUGGGCUCGGCUUUGAGUUGCUGAAUCGAUUGUGCAAGUUAAGCAAAAAGUUCUCUGGAAUAGAAAAUGGCCUUUACUUGGUAUCGUGUGAAGAGACGAUUGGAGACAUCUCAGGGUACGUGGGAGGUCCUCCAGCAGCUGACAGUGGCGAAAAAGAACACGUUCUUGUAUGCUUGAAAAUUCAGAUUGAUGGGCGUCGAGGUAUCAUGUUACUGGAUCCAGGUUAUCACAUUGCCCGGGUGAUUACGGUAAUGGCAGAUAAGAUGUACCCGCACACAGGUUGGUUCACUCAGUCGGACGAGUCUGAAGUUAAGAAAGAGUACAACUACGUUUUAUGCGCCGAAGACCCUUACUAUGUCGAGUGGCACGAAAAGCAAACUAGCCCUAGUGCCUUGGAGCGAUCUCAGGUCGCUCUAAUUUACGUCGAAAGACCAUAUCUUACUGCCAUUGAUGUCACGGAACGAAGAAACAUAGUCUACAAUUUUAGGAGUUUGUUAGCCAGGGAUAGUAAGGGUCACGUUGUUGCUGGAUUUUACUUCAAAGUCACUAUGAACCCACCUGAUGAACAGGAUUUUACCAUUUUCUACCAGGCAAUUGAAGGAAAGAAGAAGAGAAAGCUGUCAUUAAGCAAGUUCUUCAACCAUGCCAAGAUUAAUUCAGAUGAAGCAGAUGUUGUGAGAGAGUGUGCUCGUCAGUUGGGAAUGAGUCAGAAGGAUUUAGAAGAUCUCCUGGCAGCUCUGGCUACGGUAAUGAGAGAUGCAGCGUUUGUAGCACAGCUUUUGACGAUUAAUUCGAGAAUCAACACGUUGGCGGAAGACAAUUAACAGAUGUCAACUCACCCCGCGUGGUUCAACAGAAAGUUAUUUUACUUAAUCAGCCUAUGCUUAUUGUUAAUGUCAUUUUCCUACUUAGUUUAUUUUAUGUAUUGUUAUUGGGCUAAUUAUUUCUUCAGGUAUUAUGGACUUGGGUUGGAGUACCUAGUUAAAUCUUACUUUUUUAAAGCCAGGGAUGUAGUUGUAUAGGCAUUAGAUUAUUUUUUCUUAAUAUAAGUUUAUUAUUUAAAGAGAUGUGAAUUUUCAAUAAAAUUGACAAGCAUAUAAA